AUGAAUUUUUUACCACCAGAAUUAUUAAAUGAUAUAUUUUAUCACCUCAAAAAUGACCAAAAAUCAUUAUAUGGAAUAUUUAUAGUAUCCAAGAAAUUUCAUCACAUCAUACUUCCGUUAAUUUAUUAUAGACCUAAGCUAAUCAACAUCGGCAGUUUUCGCAAAUUCCUUCAGAUUCCUCAGUCUUCAGGUUCUCUAGUCAGAGAAAUAGAUUUGUCACUAUUAGGACCAAAUAGGCGUCUAGAAAUAACCGACCAAGACAUUAUUAGUUUAGUGACACUCUGUCCUUAUUUAACUUUUCUUGAUAUUAAUUUUUGUAAUCAAUUACAUGACGUGUCACUUAUCUAUAUUGCAAAUAAUCUUGGCUCACACCUAACCACCUUGAAUGUGUCGCAGUGUCCGAAUUUUACCGACAAUGGCUUUAUAAAAUUGGCUCGUUGUUGUAAAGUACUUAAAUCGCUGGAUUUUUCUUACACCGAUAUAACUGACUCUGCUUUAUCUGAGAUCGCUGUCACAUGUCCGGCUAUCAAAUGGUUAAAUUUAAAGUAUUGUGAGUUGGUGACUGAUUUAAGUUUAGAUGAUUUAAGAAAAUGGUGUAAAGAGUUGAAAUUCUUGGCUUUGGAAGGCUGUUUUGGAGUUAUGAGAGAAGUAAAUGGUGGUGGUAAUGGUGUUGUAGGUAUUGGUAUGGGUGUAGAUGUUCUUAACAUUAUUGGUAUUGGAUUGAUAUAA